GACACAACAUAAACAGAAACCAUAACCUCCUACAAAUUAUAAUUAAUUCAAAUCUUGUGUUUAAAAGUUCUUGUCUGUACGUAAAUCUACGUUUAAAUAUUUUUUUAAACUAUCAGUUAAUUAAAAGUGGUCAACGUUCUUUAAAACAGGCCUGAUUUACAAUUACGUCCUGAUGGCAACACUAUUGUAAUUUCUACUUAAUUGACGCAGUAUAUAAACCUUCUUUUUGUAAAUUAUGGCAGAAAAACAGAAAAUAUUGAUCUGUGGAGAUGUUGAGGGCAGAUUUAUAACUCUCUUCAACAGAGUUGAAGCAAUAAACAAAAAAUCGGGUCCCUUUGACUUGCUGCUUUGUGUGGGGAAUUUUUUCGGCGUUAACAAUAAAGAAUUCGACACCUACAAGUUUGGCAUAAAAAAAGUCGAAGUACCGACUUACGUAUUGGGCCCUAAUAAGGAAGAGCACGUUAAGUUUUAUCCGGAAGACGGUUCCGAGCUAUGCCCUAAUGUACAUUACUUAGGGAAGCGUGGAGUGUAUACGAAUAGUACUGGGAUAAAGGUGGCUUACAUGAGUGGAAUUUCAUCGGAUGGGCAGGUGGGCGGUAACGAGUACACGUACACUUUGGAGGACGCAGUGUUCUUAAAAAACCUGUGCAAACGGGGGAGUUCUAGAGGAGUCGAUAUUUUAGUUACAUCACAGUGGCCCAAUGAAGUUAUGAGAUAUGAUUCUACUAAUAAGAUAAAAGUGGGUUUAAAUAUGCACACAAACGUAGCAGCGUGGCUAGCACUGCAAUUAAAACCACGUUACCACCUAAGUGGCUUGGAAGGACAAUUUUAUGAGCGUGCGCCAUUUCGGAAUCCGGUUGGUAACGACUCCUCGCUAGAAAUUGCGACUCGAUUUUUGGGAUUGGCGAGAGUCGGAAACGCGAAUAAAGAGAAAUGGAUUUACGCUGUGAGUUUGACACCUAUAGAUAAAAUGUCCAUUAAAGAUUUAAUGCAAAGGACGACCGAUGAAACACAGUGCCCCUUCAAUUUGGUAGAAUUGGAAAAUAUAUUGUUUAAAAAUAAAAGGAAACCAGAAGAAAACAUACAGUAUUUCUACGACACUAACUCACCAGAACCAGAACAGGUGAAACAUAAAAAACGCCAAAAAAUUGAAUUUGAUCAAAGUAAGUGCUGGUUUUGUUUGGCAAGUCCAUCAGUGGAAAAGCACUUGGUGGUAGCAGUUGGAAAUUCGGUGUAUUUAGCGGUGGCAAAAGGUGGCUUGGUAGAUCAACAUCUUUUGAUUUGUCCAGUUGAACAUCAUCAGUCUUCAAUUGCAUUGCCGGAUUCGGUAGUGGUAGAGGUAGACAAGUUCAAAGAUGCCUUAAGAAGUAUGUACAUAUUAAAACAGAUGGAACCUGUAUUUUUUGAAAGGAAUUACAAAACGUCUCAUAUGCAGAUUCAAGCUGUACCCAUUCCCUUGGCUGCUCAGAAAGAAUUGAAGGACAUUUUUCGGGAUGAAGCGGAAGGUCAUGGAUUCGUUUUGGAGGAACUGGAAUCCCAUAAUCGUUUAGAUCAAGUGUUAGCAAAAGGGGUACCAUAUUUUUGUGUGGAAUUGCCAAACAAAACAAUUUUGUACACCAAAAUACAGUCGUCGAUGAAUUUUCCAAUCAAUUUUGGGAGGCAGGUGCUAGCGUCAGGUCCGAUAUUAAAUUUGCCAGAUAAGAUAGACUGGAAAGAGUGCGUUGUGAAGAAGGAAAUUGAAGAAAAACUUGUCGCCAGCUUGCGGAAAGCAUUUAAACCGUUCGAUUUUACCGAAUAAGAACACUCGGGUUUGUUAACACAACAUUUUUAUUAUAUUUGUUUACAUUUGACAAUUGUACAAUAAAAAGGUGUAUCCAAAAAUGACAGUUCUUUGAAUUUUGUGUGGG